AUGCAUGUAGCACCACUGGCCUCCAAUGACAUCGAUAUAUCAUACGAGACUGUCCCCUUCAAUGGUUCAUUUUAUGGCGAUUCGGUUUAUCGCAAGUUCGUCGGGCCAGAAGUUGAUCAAGCCUGGGACGACCUUGGCGUGCACCAUAGGUCCAUUGCUCUCCCCGAGGAUGCAGGGGAGAAGUAUGGAAUCAAGAAAGGCCAGGUGAAAAGGGCCAGAGAACAAGGGGGUGGCUACCUCGUAAAUGUUGAAGUUUUUCACCAUCUUCACUGCCUUGAUAUGCUCCGCCAAGUUUCGUACUAUAGCUAUGACCACUACAUGAAGAAAGGGGAGGGCGCAUUUAAGAAUACCGAAGAUAUUCUCAAACUUCAUGCUGAACAUUGCCUUGAUAUGUUGCGCCAGCAGAUCAUGUGCACUGCAGAUACUGGAGUCUUCGGGCAGUGGUUCGUGCGAGGAAUAGGUCCAUUUGUUGACUUUAACACUAAGCACAAGUGUAAAAAUUUUGAGCAAAUCCGAGAUUGGGCAAAGAAGGCGCAGGUACCGGUUGGUUUCAACAAAGUCGAGGAGCGGCCUGGCGACAUUGUGUUGAAAGUGAUACCUUGA